CCCCACUCAAGCAACUCCAAUCACUACGCCGACUAGAAACAGGCCUCCUCCGGCGAGCUUUUCCCUCCUCAAAAAGCUUCUUUGUACUGUAACUACAUUGUAAUGAAGUACCUGUCUCGUGCUCGUUCAUACAUUUCCUUGGGGCUGUUUAAGAAGUCCAGCUAUGUCAGUUCUCACAUUCCUUGGAAUCAGUGCUUCUCCUAUAUGCCUACAGAAGCCAGUUUAAAGCCUUCAUGUGUGAGUGUGCUUGGACUGUCUAGUAUUCAUUGCUAUUCCUCAAGAUCAAAGACUGCCAAAUCAAAGUUGUCAAGCGCUGUUUCUGCUCCAGAUAAAGAUAAAGACGCCUUUUUUGUUGUUCGGAAGGGUGACAUUGUUGGAAUUUUUAAGGAUUUAAGUGAUUGCCACCCUCAAGUUGGAUCUUCGGUAUAUGAUCUUCCGGUUAACGUUUAUAAGGGAUACUUGUUGCCCAAAGACACAGAGGAGUAUCUUAAUAUUGUUGGGAUGAAGAAACCACUCUAUAGUUUUAGGGCUUCAGACUUGAAAGAAGAUAUGUUUGGAGCUCUCACCCCUUGUCUUUUCCAUGAACCAACUUCAUGUAAAGUCAAAGUAUCUAAAGAGGAGGACACCCCAGUGAUGAAGUCUUUAGAUAAAACCAAGACUAAAGAUAAGAAAACAGAUCAACUUCUUUCAGCUUCCAUGUCAGUUGAUCCCUUGGAAAAGCUUGCUAAGCUGAAGCCAUCUGCUGAUACCUCAGAUGAAACUUGCAUUGUUGAGUUUGAUGGUGCAUCAAAAGGAAAUCCGGGUCUCUCUGGCGCUGCAGCUGUACUGAAAACUGAGGACGGAAGCUUCAUUUGCAAAAUGCGUCAAGGUUUAGGAAUUGCCACAAACAAUGCAGCCGAAUAUCAUGGAUUAAUCCUAGGAUUGAAGCAUGCUAUUGAAAGAGGUUACAGGAAAAUUAAAGUGAAAGGUGACUCCAAGCUAGUCUCUAUGCAGAUGAAAGGUCAAUGGAAGGUAAACCAUGAGGUAUUGUCGAAGCUCUACAAGGAAGCAAAACAACUUAGUGACCAGUGUGUCUCAUUUGAGAUCAGUCAAGUACAAAGGAAUUUAAACUCUGAUGCGGAUGAACUGGCAAAUAUGGCUGCUCGUCUUUCUGAAGGAGAAGUUGAAGUGGCUUAAAGGAUUAUCGAUGAACCAGUAUAGAGAGAUUUGUUUUACUUUCGGUCCACGAUACAUCCAAAUCUGAACAGCCGUAUCUAACUGUGAGUUGUGUCAGGGGUCAACCACUAUGUAAAUGAUUUUCUUUUUCUUGAGCAUAGGAACAUGACCCUUAAUGAUUUUCUGCUUUAGUGCUUGCUUGCUUGCAUGUCAAUGUAGAAAUCUAAUGGUUCCAACUUUUUUCUUUAUGAAAAGGAUUGACGAGGGAAUAAACAAAGACUAUAGAGACACUGAACUUUUGUCUACUUGUUCUGAUUUGGACCUCUA